AAUAGGACAGAUACAUGUUGCAACCCGACACAGACACGAUCGAGCCACCGAAGUCGAUCGCACACACCCCAGCCGCCCAGCGAGCGACGUAGAUAGAUAUGCUCCCUGCUGCCGUGGCGGGCAUGCUGCCGCGGCGGCAGUCCAUCGCCAGGGCCUCCGUCUCGGCGCUGGUGGCCGCGCUGCCGCUGCUCUACGUGUCGCUGCUGCGCCCGCCGCCGGCCGCGCUGGCCGGGGACACCGCCUUCUGGUUCCUCAUGUCCAACUGCGUCAUCGCCGCCAUCGUCGCCACCUCCGGCGACGCCGGUACGCUCCUCUUCAGGUCCGCGCCCGACGAUGACCUGUACUGCGCGCCGGCCGGCCAGCCGCCGGUGGCCGCGCACGGCAUUAGCAGUGACGACGCGGUGGUUCCGUUGGCCGCAUCGUCCCGGGACGAGAGACCCGCCGUGGAUGUGGAUGUGAACGGUGGGCGCGUCCAAGGAGAGGUGGCGAGCGCGGUGACAAGUAGCUACUCCGUGCACCAUGCAUUGCCUUCUUUGAUCGAAGGCCAAGAAGAAGAUGAUGAUGAUGAAGCGAUUCAGCCUGGCGUCGAGACAAACCAUCCCGUCCAGAGAGGCGAAGAAAAAGAAGUAAUAAUCGAGCCAAGCACCGUCAAGAACAACACUUUUGAAGUAGUGGAGGCGCAAGGAGAAGAAGACGGUGAUGAGGUCAUCCCGCUUGCCACCAUCGAGGAGGGCUCCGCACUGGCAGAUCCAGCUCUAGAGCUGGAGCCAUGGUCAAGGGUGCUGACAAGCACCAAGAGCCUUCCGGAGGAAGGAGCAGCUGCCGCGAGGGAAGGGCCGGGGCUCCGGCGGUCGGCAACUGUGGGCAGCAAGCCGGCGGCAGAGGAGAGCGAGUACUGGCAGCUGAGCGACGAGGAGCUCAACAGGAGGGUGGAGGAUUUCAUCGCGCGCUUCAACAGGGAGAUGAGGCUACAGGUCGAGCAGGAGGCAGGAGUCUGAUCAGUUCUAGGUAGCACGAGGCUACGGUCUCUAUAGGGCUGCUACCUUGUAGAAGCUUAGAGGUGCGUAGGCUUUGUAAUAAUAGUAUGUUGGAGUUACCAUGAGUACUACCUAGGCAGAUCAUGUACAGUUAUAUACUUCAUCCUGUGCCUGUCAUUAAUACAUACGUUUUGAACAACCAAAACAAACUAAAA